CAUGCCCGUAUGCGAAAACAAGCAUUGGACUCUCAUUGUGGUUCGCCCGCAGAAGAGAACCAUGUCACACAUGGAUUCACUGACAGAUUGCGCCAACGAGAAGUAUAUCAGCCUCAUCAUUGCGUGGAUCAAGGACGUCUUGGAGGAAAAAUUCGACAAGAACGAGUGGAAGGCGGUGAGAAUCAAGACACCCCGUCAGACGAACAGUUGGGACUGCGGCGUCCACACAAUUACGAACGCCAUGUGCGUGGCUCUCGGCUUCGAGCCAAAUCAAACAUACAAGGCUGGAGAUAUGCCCUUGCAGCGCCUACGGAUUGCAUCGGUGCUUCUGCACGGGGGGUUUAAAGGCGAAUUCAGCCUGCAUGCACACUGAACGUCAACUCUAAUCCAAGGGGG